GUCUGAGAAGAGGGACUGCGGACCGGGUGCUAGAAAUGUGUGGUUAGAGGCGGGGUCGUUUCCCUACUGUUGUAGUGGCUUUGUUGGGAAGGGUGAAUGCAAAGUUUCUUGGACCUGAGCGAAGAGGGUAAGGGCUUGCUUGGCCAAAACAGACUCGAGAUUAGACCUUGGGGAUGAAAUUUCCAACAGCCCAAGUUAGAUUCUGUAGCACACUGAAGUCUUGAGCACUUCCUUCCCUUGAAAUCCACACCCCCACACCACCGGAUGAGUGACACCCGUCUGUAUGGAAAUUAAUUUUAAAAGAUUGUACGGUGGAAGACUCAGUUUGGUCAUUUUCAUGAUUUUUCUCAUGCCUUGCUCCUUGCUUCCUGUUCGUUAUAAUUCAGUAUGUUCCCACUGACUAAGGAAAAUAAGCAUGUGGCUCAGUUGUUGUUCAGUACUGGCACCUGUCCAAGAUGUAUCUUCAGAUUCUGUGGUGUGGAUUUUCAUGCACCGUACAAACAUCCAUAUGAGGAGUUGCUCAAUCAUCUACAGAAAUUUCUGAAAGCUGAAAAAGAUGAAUUAAUUUUGGAAGUUCCAAACCCACCUCUCAAGAAAAUUCGGCUUCAAGAACUAGAAGAUGGGAUUGAUAAUCUGAGUCAAAAUGGGGAGAGUGAGAUCUCUAUUAUUGAAGAUGCGUCCCAUAACUCAAAUUCAAAUGCAAAUGUAUGCAAUGUUUGCCUAGGAAUUCUUCAAGAAUUCUGUGAAAAAGAGUUCAUUAAAAAGGUGUGUCAAAAGGUUGAGGCCUCUGGGUUUGAAUUCACCAACUUGGUAUUUUCAGUCUCCUUCCCACCACAGCUCUCUGUAAGAGAGCAUGCUGCAUGGUUGCUGGUAAAACAGGAAAUGGGAAAACAGAGUCUGUCUCUGGGAAGAAAUGAUAUUGUUCAGUUAAAAGAAGCCUAUAAAUGGAUAACAUACCCCCUGUUUUCAGAGGAACUGGGUGUUCCCAUUGAUGGAAAGAGCUUGUUUGAAGUGAGUGUGGUCUUUGCUCACCCAGAAACAGUUGAGGAUUGCCACUUCCUAGGUGCAAUUUUUCCAGACUGUUUCAAACCAGCCAAAAACAAACAGUCGGUAUUCACUAGAAUGGCAGUUAUGAAAGCUUUGAAUAAGAUAAAAGAAGAGGACUUCCGCAAGCAGUUUCCUUGUCCUCCAAACUCACCAAAGGCUGUUUGCACUGUUCUUGAAAUUGAAUGUGCUCAUGGUGCUGUUUUUGUGGCUGGGAGAUAUAAUAAAUACUCCAGGAAUCUACCACAAACUCCUUGGAUAAUUGAUGGAGAAAGGAAGCUGGAAUCUUCGGUGGAAGAAUUAAUUUCAGAUCAUCUGCUGACAGUAUUCAAAGCAGAGAGUUUUAAUUUCUCAUCCUCUGGAAGAGAAGAUGUAGAUGUGAGAACAUUAGGAAAUGGAAGGCCCUUUGCAAUUGAGCUGGUGAAUCCUCAUAGAGUACAUUUCACUUCACAAGAAAUUAAGGAACUUCAGCAGAAAAUUAAUGAGUCGUCUAACAAAAUCCAAGUACGUGACUUACAGCUUGUCACAAGAGAGGCAAUAGGACAUAUGAAAGAAGGUGAAGAAGAAAAGACCAAGACCUAUAGUGCCUUAAUAUGGACAAAUAAAGUAAUACAGAAGAAAGACAUCGAAUUCCUGAAUGAUAUAAAGGACCUAAAGAUCGACCAGAAAACACCUCUACGGGUCCUUCACCGAAGACCCUUGGCUUUGAGAACUCGUGUCAUCCACUCCAUGGAGACACACUAUGUAGAUGAACAUCAUUUCCGUCUUUAUCUGAAGACUCAAGCUGGAACCUACAUUAAAGAGUUUGUACAUGGAGACUUUGGGAGAACCAAGCCAAACAUUGGCUCUCUGAUGAAUGUGACUGCAGACAUUCUUGAGCUGGAUGUGGAGUCUGUAGAUGUUGACUGGCCACCUGCUCUGGAUGACUAGCUUUCAGCUUUGGAGACAAAGAGUAGGGUUUUCUUGGCAUGCAGCAUACCCUGUAAAAUGGUUGUUUACCCACCAUAACGGUGUCUUUGAAACCAUUUGGAUCAUGUUGAUCUAUGUAUUUUUAAAUUUGUUAUAACAUCUCAGGAUAUGUGUAUAUUUUGUGUUCAAUUGUUCUAAGGAUGUCUUAUGAUUUUUCUCAUUCCGUCUCUCACCCUCCCUAAUGAAGCUAUGAAUAAUGAAACCAUUCUUCUUCCUAAUUAUUUUAUUCAGAGAGAUGCAAACAGGAAAAACUGUUAAUCCAAGAAGUUGUAAUUUAAGCAAGAUUUCUUCCGCAAGAGACAUGUCACCUUUAAAAUCAUGUUCUAAAUUUUUAAAAUUAUCUGAACAAAAGUUAUACUGGAUUUAUGCAGCAUAGUAGCCUAUACUAUUCUAAGAUAUCAAAUGCAAAUAUGAUAUUAAUUUUUUCCUGGGAGACUUCAUGCAAGCUAUUACCAAUGGAAGUACUUUUGGGUGUGAUUUGUGACAAAUCCUAAUGACCUCAAAAUACUGUUUUGACAAUCUAAAAUUGUUAGUACAUGUCUUCUGUGUUAGGAAUUGAGGCACACCAUGGUAAGAGACUUUAAUAGAAUUUUUAAAUAGAGAAAAAAGUGCCUUUAAUAACUUCAAUCGCAGAGUUAAGAAUUUGAAAAAUUGAGAUUGCUAAAGGUAAACUGAUACUAUUUCACAAUUUUUCAUUAUCCACUUUCAAACAUUUUAAUAAGGUAGAUAGGAUAUUGUCUCUAAUUUUAUAAAUAUGGAAACCAAAGAAUAAAAGUUAAAUGAUUUAUCUAAUAUUGUUACUUUCAUAUCUAGCACUAUGACUGAAGUAUCUUAGUCCCUAGGGUCUUUCCUAAUUAAACCCUAUUAUUGAUCACCUCUUUCAUGAAAGAGGUAUCUGAGUGCCAAAUAAACUCAUCCAACCAUAAGAAAUGACUUUUGGAAUUUAGAUACCAAAUCAAGGAACUGUCCAAAAAAUGGCCCAAAUAUAUUUCAUAUAGUCUUGUCUAAUUAUCAUUUGUUAAUAAGUUAAUCAUCAGUUGAUGAAGGGGAAAAUAUUAACACAUUGAACCUAAAGAAAAUGGAUGGCUCAUUAAUAGUUUCAGAAAGGAAACUCAUUAAAAUUUCAGAUUUAAGUGUAACUUCCACCACCUAAUUCAGCGAUUUGAGCUUUUUUCAAGGACACAUGUGACUUGGAUAGUAUUACUACUUCUCAUCUCUAUAUUAAACAUAGUUCAUAGAUUUACUUUAGAUAUCAGGAAAAUGGUUUUGACAUGAAAAAGUCAGCCUACCACUUUGAAACCAUGUAUUUACUCAUAUGUAAAUAAUAGCAAGUAAUUGUUUCACUGUUCUCAAUGCCAAAAAAUGAGAAAGGAAUAAUGGAAAUAAACGUUGAUAAAAAAGAAUUUGUGUGGAUGUUUCUCAGUUUCUGGAGAAAAUUUGCUACAAAAGAUUUAAAUAAUUUAUGGAAAGUCUUUAGCAUGUUACUUUUGGCUCAGCUUUGAAUCCAGUGGAUCUGCAAUGUGGAAGAAUCGAGAACCUUCUUACUGAAUUUAAAUUAGUUUCUAUUUCUUAAAUUUUUUUUCCUAAGAUGCAGAAUAAACAUUAGCUGUAAAUACUUAUUCCAUGUGUUCAUAUAAUUCUGAGACAAGUUGUUAAAAAAUUAAUGU